AUGGAAGAAAUAACCACUGCUUCUUCAGACAUUAUACCAUUAAAAGUAGCUGUUAAUUAUCUUCGUAGAACAUACCCAGAAAACCCCAACUGGGCCAUUCCAAAUAUCCCGUGUUUGGUUAGUCUUAGUCUUGAGAAAAUUAUUGAAAACUUUGUCGAGCUAGCCAAAACGAUUUGUUUGGACAAGUUAAAACCAAAAGAUCGUACUUCCAUUCUUAAGAAAAUACCUGUUGAUUUACCCCCUGAAGUCACCAUCCCUGUAAUACCCGACCAGCUCUACUGGAAACGAUGUUGCCUGGCACGGUGGAAAAUAUGCGAUGUAGAGAAGUAUGGAGCAUGUUGGAAGAGAAUGUUUGUCGAGCGCCAUCUACAGGAAUUGAUUGAAAACUUCUUGCCCGGCUCAAACACUUAUACUGAUUUGACAAAAGUUCUGUCAUGGUGUCGAGGAUAUGUAAAACGAUUAAUAAUAAAACAACUAUUGAUGCCUAUAGAUGUUACUAAGGUAACUUCUAAACGUCAAGGAGAACCGGGACAAGAAGUUCCUCGCGAUCGUCUGAAUUUGGAAAGUGUGCUGACUGUCUUGUUAAAUUUAGAAGAACUAAGCCUUACGUUUAGUGUAAGGAAUUGUGGUAUGAAUUUUCAAUGGGGCAUGUUUUCUCUAACGCACGAGGACUGUAUUAACCUGUCUGAUACUUUUCCAAAACUCAAUUUUCUUAGGAUUCUUCAACUUAAAGAUAACGGAUUAACUGAUAAUCAAGUUAAGUAUCUACUCAUUCAACUUGAGAACCAUCCAGCCCUUGAAGAACUGGACCUCUCCUAUAAUCGCUUGGAAGAUAAUGGAGCACAAUCCAUUGUUCAGUUACUAACUGGUAGCUGUCCUUUACGGAAAUUAAAUAUUUUUAGGAAUAACAUUGGAUCACGUGGGGCAGCAGCUCUUGCCACAGCGCUUUUAAAAGACUGUCCGUUGGAAACCUUAAAUAUUGGUUUCAAUCGGCUGGAAGAUGAAGGAGGGGCUACCAUCUGUAAGACACUGGCGAAGAACACGCAUCUCACAAAACUGAAUCUUAGUGGAAACCAACUAGGUGAAAAAACUACAUCUACUCUAAGCAGAGUUUUGAAACAGAAUAUUACUCUCACUAACUUGGACUUAUCUUGUAAUAACUUUGGAAAGGACGGCGGUGAAGAAAUUAAAAUUGGAGUUCAACUAAACGAAACUCUGUUGAAUGUGGACCUACGACUAUGUCAAGUCGGACCGGAAGCGGAAUAUGACAUUUAUCGAGUAUUACGUCGUAACCACUUGACCGCCCCUUCUCUACCACUGUUAUAGCUACAGAUGAGUAACAGUUUUUUUUGUUGUUUUUUUUAAGGCUGGAGUGUAGCAGACGUGCAGAUUCUAGGUGGAUUAUGAUAAAUCACUUUUCUCUAACAACGCCACCUACCCAUUAGUUUCUAUUUUAGGUUUGUUUUUGUUGUUGUUACAUAUGAGAACAUCUUUAUAAGUGAAUACAUUGACUGACCGUUAUUCCUUUACGGUUUUCUGCAACUUGAA